GGACAGGCAGGCCUUAUUGCCUUGUAAAUAUCAGCUGGAUAAAAUGGAGGCACACUCGGACGUUCCUGCUGUUCUAACCAUCGCCGGCUCCGACUCAAGCGGAGGAGCGGGGAUUCAAGCUGAUCUGAAGGUCUUCACAUCGCUGGGGUGCUAUGGUACCAGCGUUAUCACUGCUUUGACUGCUCAGAACACUACUGGUGUUCAGGGCGUACACUCUGUUCCGCCAGAGUUCGUCGCUGAACAGCUAAAAUCAGUAUGGAGUGACACACCCAUUCGAGCGUUCAAGACUGGAAUGCUGUCAAAACUCGAGAUUACCCAAACUCUCGUGGAUUCUCUCCACUCUCUCGCAUCAUCCAAGCCGAACGAACCUGCUACACAACUUCCACCACUCGUAAUCGACCCAGUCUGUGUUUCGACCUCGGGCCACACCCUCCUUGACCCGAGCGCAGUGAACACCAUGAUCACCUCCUUGUUUCCCCUCGCUACGCUCAUAACACCGAACAAAUCCGAGGCAGAAUUGGUCCUUUCGCAUCUCAUCAAGCCUGGAGAUAAUACAGAGCGGAAAGAACUUGAGUCUCUAGAAGAGAUUCUCUCCGCCGCCGCACAGCUCCUCUCGUCCGGCCCCAAGGCGGUCUUGAUCAAGGGCGGCCACCUCACCUCGUCCUUCGCGGAUAUAGCCGCCCUUAUAUCUGCUCAUCCGAACGUGAAAGUUGAGAAGGACGAGAUAUUAGGAGAGAAUAUGGAGAUUUUGCUCGCUGCAGGUGUGGAAAAGGACCCGAAGGAUUUUGAGCUCGUGGUCGACGUGUUGGUCGAGCGUGCUGAGGGUGCCAGUAGAAACGGAAACGAGAAUGAGGUCACUGUAUUUGCGAGGAGUCGGAUUGAGUCAAGGAGUACACAUGGGACGGGAUGUACGCUCAGUGCUGCGAUUGUGUGUGGGCUCGCGAAGGGGUUAUCUGUGAAGGAGGCAGUGAAACAGGCAGCCUCGUACACACAUCAGGGAAUUGCGACAGCCUUUCCGAUGGGUAAGGGCCAUGGUCCGUUAAACCACAUGCAUUCGCUCGUUCAAAGGAGCAUUCCAAGACCGACAUUAGCCAACCCUCACCCAUUUACCCGCCUCCUCAUUCAAUCGAACCGCGAUGUAUGGAAAUCAUACGUGGAGCAUGACUUCGUCCGUGAGCUGGGAAAGGGGACUUUGAAGAGGGAAGCCUUCGUUCACUUUAUUAAGCAAGACUAUCGUUAUCUUAAAUAUUAUUCACGAGCAUACGGACUCCUGGUCGCCAAAUCCCCCACCUACUCUGAAAUCUCCGCCGCGUCCGCCAUCAUCCAACACAUCCUCCGCGAAUGCGAGAUGCAUCGCGCUUUCUGCGGUAAAUGGGGUGUCACGCCCGAAGAGCUAGAGGGUAAAGGCGCGAAGGAGAGCGAGGCAACGACAGCGUACGGGGCGUUCAUUAUGGAUGUUGGGAUGCAAGGUGACGCCUCAAGACUCACGAUGGCGCUCGCGGCUUGCCUUCUCGGUUACGGCGAAGUCGGACUCUGGCUUAAACGCGAGUCGAAGAGAGAGGAUACGUGGGUGAACAUGGACGCGAGUAAUCCGUACUUGAAGUGGAUUGAGGACUAUUCAGGAGAGGAUUAUCAGCAGGCUGUUAGGACUGGGAUUGAAAAAAUCGAAGCAAUGGCCAUCAAUGAUCCGCCUUCGCCGAAGAGAUUCCAGGAGUGGAUCGAAGUCUGGGAGAGAUGUACGAGGUUGGAGAAGGGUUUCUGGGAUAUGGCUAUCAACCUCUCAUAGAUCUCGAGAGCUGAGUUUAUGCUUUGCAGCACAUGGGUCAUUAUCAUUCGUCCGCCUCACUAGCUCGCAGACGUGUUUAUAUCAAAACACCAGGGCAGUAUUAUAGACUCAUGAAGCCGAGGACUCGACACAGUUUGCUUUAUACUUAGCGUUGAUCGUUCGGGGCAAUCUACAUGGGUUGCUUACCGGUGGGUUUGUACAUGCGAUAACAUGAGGCAGUCAUUCAGGAGACCCACUGUACGGUGUCGAUAGAAGGACAACGGAGCGAAUGCGAACUUGAGCCGACGAAAAAUUUAAAUCCCAUGUUAGAUUUGACAAAAUCA